CUUGCCAUUAACAAUAAUCAUGUUCCUCGAUUUUGAAGUGUUUGCUUAAUCAGCUUCAAAGGAGGUCAAUAGAUACUUAAAUUGUUUCUCAAUUACUUUGAUCCUCAAUAUCUACAACAUCAAUAAACAUUGAAGUGUUUCUUUGCAUCCCACAAAUUGUAGGCAUAUGAUCUUUCGUUGAUGUACUCCCGCAAUGCCUUUCUAGUUGACAUUGUAAAGACUAAACUGGGGCGAGUUCUGUAUCCUAACUCAAUAUCAAGUGGAAAUACAUGGAAGGGAUUUGACGUAUUGAUCUUCGAUACAUGGCAUUGGUGGCUUCACACUGGGAGAAAAAAACCAUGGGACUUUGUUCGAUAUGGAGGAAAAACAUUCAAAGACUUAAAUCGCAUGGUUGCCUAUGAGAAAGCACUUAUUACAUGGUCCAGAUGGGUAGAAGCUAAUAUCGAUCCAAGAAAAACUAAGGUAUUCUUUCAGGGUGUUUCCCCAGAUCAUAUGAGUCCAAGUGAAUGGGGGGAUCGAAAUGCAAAGACCUGCAGGGGACAAGCCCUACCAGUGCUUAGGGAAAACUAUCCAGGAGGUCCACACCCAGCAGAAGUUGUACUAGAAAGGGUUUUACGUAAAAUGUCAAAGCCAGUUCAUUUGCUCAAGAUAACAACUCUUUCACAGCUAAGAAAAGACGGGCACCCGGCAGACUAUGGCUACGCAGGCCGCCGUGGCAUGGAUUGCACCCAUUGGUGUCUUCCUGGAAUCCCUGAUACUUGGAAUGAACUCUUAUAUGCAGCUCUUAGUUAGAACUAAUUAAGUCAAUUCCUUUUUUUUUGUGUAAACUGAUUAGAAAUAAAUACCUCACCCCUCUCUUGAGGCUCGAAUCAAGGCCCCCAUUCAUCUAUGCCAAACUCACAUUGUGGUUAAGUCAAUUUCUUAUCAAUAAAGUUUAUCUGCUCAAAAGAGAGAAUAUUG